CUCAUGACUUGGACCUGGGCAGAUGCCGCACAAAAUCCAUCACCUUCGCACAUCUGCGAAAUCAAAUUCCAUCUCUUGAUUCUCUCGGUCUCGUUCACUGUGGCGCAUUCCGAGGAUCCGUCCACUUGAUCUGUUCAACACCACCGCUGAAACGGCUGUUCGAUUCGCCGACUCCAGUCCCAUCUCCAAACACACCUUCUAGACGCCCAUCCCGUCUCUGAGGCAGGUGAAAUCUCGAGAUGCCCCCAAAAGGCCGUGGCAAGUCUGUCAAAGGACAAAAGCCGAAAAGACAGCCCACGCAGUUUGGAGAACUCGACACUACGCCAACCAGCCGCCACCUUCGUUCUUCUAAAGCAAAGGAGCUGGCCAUUGAUGAACCUGCUAGGGAGAGCGCCAAUCCAAGGCCUUCAUCUGGUACAGAUGCCAACGCGAGUCCAGUCCAGCCCAAUUUGUCCCCGGAGGAAUUCGAGGAUGGAGUUGAUGAUAUCGACUUGAUUCAGUUGGACUACUCCAGAAAUGUAAAGAUGGAGUCUCAGGUUCCAGAUUUCACAUGGUCUGAGGCAGGGUCCACCCGAAAACGCAGCUCACCUCUCCGUACGGGAGAUGCCUCGCAAUCCCUUUGGGAAUUUGAUGAAAAGGACUCCAUGAACCCAUUUUCCAGUCCCAGAUCUGGGCUCGAAAGGCUUCCCGAUACCAUGCCGCUACCUCGUGAUCCAACACUCGACGCCCAGUCUCAGUCACAAAGGGAGCCAGGAAGCCGCAUUGACUUUUCGGAGACUGCCUCAACCAUGCGCCGCAGUUCACCUCUUCUUCCACCAGGCAGAAUGACAGAAAACUGGGAGUUCAAUGACUCCUCUCCCCAGGUUGGUUCGUUGGGACCUCACCCUGGGACUCAAAAACCGAAAACGGCACACCCGGAUCCCCCAACAAGUCCCCCUACACACCUCCCAAUGGAUGAGAUGUACGACGCUACUCCUCCUGGAUCACGGUCCCAGAUACUAAACGCGUCCUCGAUUCGUCCUGAAGAGACUCUCAGACACUCCCAACAUCGCUUCCGCGAUCCGACGCCCCCACACACACUUCAGACGGACGAGCGAUCGGGAAAAAAUCGAUUGAAAAGAAAGCAGAAGUCGAUGAAGGAAUUGCUUAUUGAUGAUCUUGUUUCGGAUGAUGAAGAACCAACCCCGUGUCCUGGCAAGACCAAGCCGCUCCAAGACCACUUUGAUCUGCCACAGACAACGGACCGAGCUGGAGGCGAUUUGCCCGAGAUGCAUCAAGCCUCUCCGACAGCUGCCCAGGAAAGCAACCGAGGAAAGAAACGCAAGCAACGCGCAAAAACUCCGAUCCAGUUCGACGAAACCACGAAAGAGAUCAAAGAGGUCCCCCGCAAGAAGAAGACCACUGCACCCAAGCCGGCUGUUGUGAGUGCGCUGAAGAAUCCAACACAAACAUCGAUUUCCCCUGCUACCAACACAAAGAAACGACCAGCACCAAAGGCUGCGCCGAAGCCAGAACCUACGAAAAAGAAACGCAAGGCACCCCCUCGAAAAGAAAAACAGGAGGAGCCAGCUACGAUCAGUUCGAGCGCUAUCGCCACUAUCACCCGUGCCCGUGCCGCAAAGUUGAAGGAGACAACAAAACGCGAGAUGGAAGAAAAUUACGAAAGCCAGGAGGUCAUGCAUGUGACCCAAGGCACUCUGGAGACGGAUAUCAUUUACGCUGCUCCUGAUCACAUUGUGAUAUCCAGUGACGACGAUAGUUCUGACUUCUCAGAGGCGGAUGUUGCACCAUCAUGGCGACCAGUGCCACCACAAAAGACAAGGACAGAGAAAUCAAAACCGACAGCUAAAGAAAAUUCUGGUUCUGCAUCCACGAAGCCGAAAAUCCCCCACACGCUACCACCGGAUCCCAAGAAGAGCCGACUAGCCCAAAUCAGUGCUGCCGUGUCAACCCCUAACACUGGCAUUCCAGAUACCCGAGAUCAAGACAAAGGACCCGCAGAGCCUGUGAGGUCAAACCAGGCACUCAAAAUGAACAAGCGAACAACGCGAAGCAUGCAGAAGGGCGGGGGCGACACGAAAGAGACUGGAAAGGCAACCGUUCUGGCAUCUCGAGACCCCAACAGAGUAACGAAACGGGUUCUUCGAUCUCCGCAGCUACAACAUAAGGCCUUGGAAAAGACUAGAGCCGUGGAACGGUCCGAGGUUGGUCCAUCCCGGCCUCUCCGGAAGACAGGGACUUCCCGAAGUUUCAGCGUCAGUGAAGUGGGAAGCCCGGUCCCUCUUGCGUCUGAUCCAGCCCCAUUUACUGUCGACUCAACCCCCCUAGAUCGAGGCAGACAAGAACAUCCAAGUGACUAGAAGUCUCGCGAUGGUCAUGACGGAGACGUUGAGCUUUGCAAGGCCAAGCGUCUCGUUGCCUCGCCAUCACCCGUUCAUGAUGCGAGCAAGUUGGAAAGUGACAAGCCAUCGAGAUUUGUCCCAAGAGAAACCAGCAAUGGGAGAAUUUCUGCUGUGCUGCCAACCAAACCGAGGAAUAAGGAUGAGCGAAUCACCCUACCUGUGGCG